GGCAUGAACUAGUUGAAGGAAUGCUGGAGGAGUUUUGUUUUUGUUUUGAUCGCAAAAACAAUUUCAGGCUCUACAUUUCCCUUUGUUUAGUAAUCGUGUCGCUCACUGUUUACAUACUUUUGCAGUCCACCAUGGUGGACCCACGUGAUUAGGUGACGUCGGUGCAAAGGGUUCGGGCGCUUCUCCCGGCAUGCAACAGUUCAAUCGGUUCAAAACGAACGGCGCCAUCUUGGCAGGCAGUAGACUGCAGCUAGGCUAUUUGUUUUUGCCAGAAAAGAAUCAAACGGGAAAUAUGGUAGAUUCCUGUUGUGCCCCAGGAUGCCAGAACAGACGCGGACGAGAUAAGGGAAGAGCCUUCUACAGGAUUCCCCAAGAUCCGGAACGCCGCCAACGUUGGAUCAUCGCCAUGAAACGUGUUAGCCCCCAGGCUAAAACGAAGCUGUGGGAUCCAGCUAGUAAAUGUUUCCGCUUAUGCAGCGACCACUUCAUAUCAGGGAAAAAGAGUGAUCACCCUCUCUCUCCUGACUACAUCCCAUCCAUCUUCAAACAUGUGUCAUCCCCAGAGAAAAAGAGAAGAAGAAGGCAGUUAGAUUUGUUCAUCAGGAGACAGAAGAGCAGACGCCAAAGAAGAGAACAAGCAAAGUCAGCAUCUGCUACAAUCAGUCAUUCAUCUCAACUUCUAAUUCAGCAGGACUCAUGUGAAGAUGGCAUCCUACAGCCUCCUGCAGCUGAUCAAGCAGAGGAAGCCCCUGUAAAGGAAUUGACUCAGAAUGAAGGCCAUGUUACCAUCCGGAAGGGUCUGUCUUUUCCUCCAGUGGAGACAUGCACCAGCUGCUGCCCACCAGGCCUCUACCACUGUCCUUUUUGUUCACCAGCCUUUUUCAAGCCGACAACACGCUCCAAGGUCAUGUUCCACUUGGAGAGCCAUUUCAGGAGAGCCCAUAUUGUUGGAGAGUUCACAAUCCAUAGAUGUGGACUGGAGUGUUUGAAGAAGCCGCAUUACCACUGUCUUUACUGCCUAAUGCCAAUAAGAAGCCAGCCAAAUUUCAGCAGGCACUUUUCCGUCUGCCAGGAAAGGCAGAAGUUGAUGGUUGAGGAACAACCGGUGGCAUUGACGACAGGAGGUGAAAGCAUGGAUUCAUUGUGUAAAAUGGAAAGCGACGAUAACGAGAUUGAGGAAAAACACCGAGUAGAAAGCUGCACCCAGGCUGCGUCACAAUCCGCGGCAAGUGUGAGGACACACUCGCAGCCUUCUCCGUCCAAACGUGACAAAAUGAUUCAAACCAACAUCGAAAAGCCUCAAGACUGUGACGAGUUUUACUUCAUGGGCUUGGUGAAGCUGUUUAAAAAGCUGUCUCCUAACAAAAAGGCUGAGGUGAGGAUGAAAAUGGAGAGGAUCCUGUUUGAAGCUGAGUUUAUAUAAUUGCGCCCUACGCCAUUUGACAUGUUCUGUUUGAAAAGGCAACAAGAUGGCUGCGACGUUUGUUAUUGGCCUCUGGAGUUGUUUUGGUUGUAGCCUUCUGCCUCAGUGGGAUUUUUUACUGUCAGCAUACUUUAUUACAUUUUAGGUUAUAUAUCAACAAACGUGCUGAGAUGCUGUUCAAGAAUCUUAUUUAUUACAAAGAAGAGCUCAAUUAUCAGUUUGUGAUCAACAAGUGUUUGUGGUUCAUGUAGUUUCACCAAAAAUGAGAUAAGAAUGUUCCCACCUGGAACUCGUUUUUUGUUGUUAGGUAGAACGUUACUGCAGAAACGUAGUAUUUUGUUUGUGUAGAAGCUGUAACUCAGAAUGAAAACCAGAAGUUCUCAAAUUAAAGCACAUCUUUCUUUUUUAUCCCAGAACAUUAAUGAAUACCUGGUGUGUUUUUUUAAAGUAUUUUGAUUCAAAUAUACAUUUGUAUAACAGGUCAACAAUCUCAGUAUUUGUACCAUAAAAUAGUUAAGAAAUAGGUAAACUUUACUUAUAAAGGGUGUCUUCUUUAGUAUCUAAAAAGAAUAAUAUUUUUUCAAAAAUGGGCUUAUUUUUUUUAUACAUUUUCCUUUUAUUUUUUGCAUCUUUGUGCUAUUAUGUUUUAUUAUCCCCCUUUUCUACUAAAGAAGUGAGAAGUAUCGCAUUUUGGAAGCAAUGGCUGCAAAUUAUUGAAAUAAAUGUUGCUGAAUCCCAA